CGCUUUCAAAAGUUUCAGUCUGUUAUGACCAAUGUAUAAACUAGAUCUACCGAUUGACACCAAAGAGGCCGCAGUUAUUGAAGCCAGGAGGAGAAAAGAAAAAGAACGCCAGGCCCGCAUAUUCGAUGCACGGACUCGUCAGAUAGGGAUAGAUGAGGAGGCUUUAAAACACCAGGUAGAAGAAAGAAAACGACAAGAAAUCCGUGAAAAAGAAAGGGAUUUGGCUUAUGGUACAUUAUUUCUUCAAAACCAUAUGGUUUUUAGAUGCUGAUGCCGUUCGUAACGACAAAAUUGCGUGUAUACUUGAGAAGCGUCAGCAGAGAGAUGAAAGGGAAAUUGCAAAAUGUCUCAACGAAUUUAGAUCUCUCCAUCAACAACCUGAGUCAAGGAGGGAGUUCGACCUUUAUGACCCGAAUGCGUUAAAGUUAGACCGUCCAGCUCGUGUUUCAGAUGAUGAUCCUCGAUGUGGAGUUGCCUCUCUCCAAAAAUUUGAUGGUGAGGAUCUAAACUUAAAAGCUAGAAUGAAGUAUCAAAGAGAACAAAUGCAAGAUUGGUUCGAUAGGCAAAUCGAGGAAAGAAACAGAGCUGAGAAGGCCCAAAAAGAAGCAGACAGGUUAUACGAUCUCAAACGGCGUGAAUUAGAUCAACGUGCUUGUGAACUACAAAAAGCUGAAGAACAAUGUCGACGAGCAAUAAAUGUUGCACUUGAAAGAUAUAAUAAAUUAUUAAAAGAAGAAAAUGAUCAAAGAGCACUUCUUAAGGCUAAACAAACACAAGAUGAUAAUAUGACUGAAAUAUGCAAUGCAAUAUAUGGUGAUUUUCUUAGUGAAAAUCCUGCUCAAGCAAUCUCUGCUUUCGGUAGUCAUCGUGUUAUUCCAGAUCGAUACAAGGGUAUGACACCAGAACAGAGAGAAGAAAUACGCAAAGCUCAAGAAGAACAAAUAAAAGAAAAAGAGCGUGAAUUAGCAAGACAGAAACAAGAAGAUGAAGAAUGGGAUAAUCAGAGAUUAAGAUCAGCUAGGUUGGGUUUAUUAUUAGAAAGAGAAAUAGAAAGAUCAACUCGUGAAAUGAAUCAAAAAAUAGCUGAACAAAAUCUUAAACUGGCGUGUGAACAGAAAUCGUUUCAAGAUUAUCUCAAUAAAGAGUUAUAUACAAAUCAACCUACUGCAGAUUAUUUCACACAGUUCAAUACAACUUCACGUUGAGAACUGGAAUUGAUCAACUGCUGGG